AUGCGCGAUCCACGACCAGCAGAAGCUGACUCCGCAGAGACCAAGGGGGGCGACGAGCGAAUCAGCAUCACCGGCUGGGCUGUCCACCUCACGCAUGCAUGCAGUGCCAACGCAUCAUGGCCGUGUACUCGGUACUCGCGACCAAUGUACUCUGCAGCCAGCCUCUCCCUUGCCGCAGAACUUGCUAUGACCAGUUGGAACAUGCUGGCUCAGUGCCCCGGUACUCCAUGCCUCCGAGACAAAAUCGCCAUCUGCAACUGUCCGCUUCGAGUCGGCUAG